CUCUCCUCUCCUCUCCUCUCCUCUCCUCUGUCAAGCCGUACAAGCUUUACAAAGCGCUGCAUGCUGUCCGUCCAUCAUAUCGUAUGACAAACAACACCGUGCACACUACAACAGCUGUGUUUGCAGUUGAUGGUGAAACGUUCUGAGGAUGAUGAUGAUGAUGAUGAUGAUGAUGAUGAUGAUGAUGAUGAUGAACCUCAGUGUGUGUGGAUAGCAUCAGACGGAGAACGCUUCCAGCAACUGGUGCUGCCGUGCCGGCUGAGGCGCCAGUCAGAGGCAGAGGACCCGACCAUCUCAAGCGGAGUGGGGGUAGUCCGCUAAGCUGCUUACAGCCCGGCCAGCAGGCCCACGGUUGAACAGAUGCGAAGAAUGGACGGCUUCAUCACCGCAGCGGAUCAUGGCAUAUAAAAGGAGGCGUUGUUCCGUAGUGCUGCCAUCGACUUAACUGGAUCAGAUCUCCUGAAGGAAUGUUCACCCUCACAGAAGUAGCAUCCCUGAAUGACAUCCAGCCAACUUAUCGAAUACUGAAACCAUGGUGGGAUGUCUUCAUGGAUUAUCUUGGUAUUGUCAUGCUGAUGUUGGCUAUUUUCUCUGGAACGAUGCAGUUAACCAAGGACCAAGUGGUUUGUCUUCCAAUUCUGGAACAAACUCCAGAUGGAGCUGAGGGCUUCUUCGGACCCCAACUACCAGAGACAGCUGACAGUUUGUGGAACAAAGAAAGUGCCAUCGGGGAGCAAGCAGCUCCUUUAAUGGCUAAAAGGCCUCCUGAUAGCAUCGCCCCUCCGGUUCAUUUCACACAGUCAGGUACUUUUGGGCAACCUCAGCCUACAGGUGUGAGGACCAAGCUGGAUUUUCAACAGUAUGUUUUUGUCAACCAGAUGUGCUACCAUGUUGCCCUUCCUUGGUAUUCCAAAUAUUUCCCAUACCUUGCUCUAAUCCACACUAUUGUAUUGAUGGUCAGUAGUAACUUCUGGUUCAAGUAUCCAAAGACAAGUUCCAAAAUAGAACAUUUUGUUUCCAUACUGGGAAAAUGUUUUGAAUCACCAUGGACUACCAAAGCGCUGUCCGAGACUGCAUGUGAGGACUCGGAGGAGAACAAGCAGAGACUGGCUGGAGCCUCCUCUCUCCUGAAGCAUCUGUCCACAAGCAGCGAAGAGGGGAGUCCAAACCAGUCUGCCCCAAUACUGACUAAAUCUGGGGUCACGUUUUCUGUUGAAAAGCUUGUGAGUGAGGUUCCGUCCAUGACCAUUCUGGACAAGAAAGAUGGUGAGCAAGCGAAAGCCCUGUUUGAAAAAGUCCGGAAAUUCCGUGCCCAUGUGGAAGACAGUGACUUGAUUUACAGGCUGUAUGCCAUUCAGACAGUGAUCAAAACUGUCAAAUUCAUUUUGAUCCUGUGCUACACGAUGACUUUUGUUGCCUCUAUAGAUUUUGACCACGUGUGUGAGCCCGAAAUAAAGCAUUUGACUGGAUAUGCCAGGUUCCACUGUACACACAACAUGGCAUUUAUGUUAAAGAAACUCCUUGUUAGUUAUAUUGCUAUCAUAUGUGUUUAUGGCAUAAUCUGUAUAUACACACUGUUCUGGCUUUUUCGGCGACCACUUAAGGAGUAUUCCUUUGAAAAAGUCAGAGAGGAGAGCAGCUUCAGUGACAUUCCAGAUGUUAAGAAUGACUUUGCGUUUCUCCUCCACAUGGUUGAUCAGUAUGACCAGCUGUAUUCAAAGCGUUUCGGUGUAUUCCUCUCUGAGGUGAGUGAAAACAAACUUCGCGAGAUCAGCCUAAACCAUGAGUGGACGUUUGAGAAGUUGCGGCAGCAUGUGACACGCAAUCCUCAAGAAAAGCAGGAGCUCCAUCUUUUUAUGCUGUCCGGAGUACCAGAUGCAGUGUUUGAUCUCACAGAUUUAGAAAUCCUUAAACUAGAAUUAAUCCCAGAGGCCAGGAUAACAGCUAAGGUCUCACAAAUGAUAAACCUCCAGGAGCUGCACUUCUAUCACUGUCCUGCCAAAGUUGAACAAACUGCUUUCAUUUUUCUUCGCGAUCACCUCCGGUGCCUUCAUGUCAAAUUCACUGAUGUUGCUGAGAUUCCUAGCUGGGUAUACUUGUUGAAAAAUUUAAGGGAACUGUACUUGGUUGGUAACCUGAACUCUGAAAACAACAAAAUGAUCGGACUUGAGUCUCUGCGAGACCUCAGGCACUUAAAAAUUCUGCAUCUCAAAAGCAACCUCACAAAGAUCCCGACAAACAUAACAGAUCUGUCUCCACAUCUCAUCAAGUUGGUUGUUCAUAAUGAUGGUACAAAGCUCUUAGUGCUGAAUAGUUUGAAAAAAAUAAUGAAUCUUGCUGAACUGGAGCUUCUGAACUGUGAGCUGGAGAGAAUCCCUCAUGCUAUCUUCAGUUUGAACAACCUGCAGGAAUUGGAUCUAAAAUCCAACAACAUUCGUACCAUCGAAGAGAUCAUCAGCUUUCAGCACCUUAAGAGACUGACAUGCCUCAAACUUUGGCAUAAUAAGAUCAUCACCAUUCCGUUGUCAAUUAGUCAUGUCAAAAACCUUGAGUCACUCUAUCUCUCACACAACAAGCUCGAGUCUCUACCCUCAUCAUUAUUCACCCUUCUCAAGUUGAGGUACCUUGAUGUUAGCCAUAACUCUAUAGUGGCAAUACCACUGGAGGUAGGCUUUCUGCAGAACCUCCAAUAUUUUGCUAUAACCGGCAACAAAGUCGAGGUAGUUCCCAAGCAACUCUUCAAGUGCACCAAACUGAGGACCUUAUGCCUCGGCCACAACUGUAUCUCCUUCAUUCCAGAGAAAAUUGGCCAACUCUCGCAGCUGACACAUCUUGAACUGAAAGGAAACUGUCUGGAUCGUCUGCCGCCUCAGCUCGGUCAGUGCAGCCAUCUGCGCAGGAGCUGCCUCAUCGUGGAGGAUCAUCUCUUUGACUCGCUUCCCAUGGAGGUCAAAGAGAGCAUCAAUCAGGAAUCUAGUGUUUCAUUUCCAAAUGGGUGCAAGUGUUUAAGUGAUGGGCGGUAGUCACAUCUUACAUCAAAUGUCAUCCAUUUCAUUGAAGUGUAAAAAAGUUUUUAUUUAAUCAUGUCAUUAGAAACAGUAGUUCAGGGUACAGUAUUGGUACACUACGUGAUGUUUUAGCAACUGAUAAAAUUAACACAGCACCGCACAUACACGGUUGUACCACUGGAAAAUUUGAAAUGAACUCCAGAGAUGAUCGUGGCUUAUGUCCUGUCUAUAUACACUAUUUUGUUUUUCAUUUUGUUUUCAGUUAAUGUAGGUGUACAGUAGCGGUUAAAUCAUUCUGCUUAUAUUUUUUAUAUUUUGUAUGCAAAAAUGUCAAUAGUGGAUCUAAAGAAAUUUGUAUAAUUUUGAAACAGUCCACUUUUUUUUAUCUAUGUGAUUUAAUUUGGUUGUCUUCUAAUUAACAAAACACAUGAUUGACCUCACUCUCCUGUAAUGGUAUCUAGCUUGCAUGAAAUUUUGGUUUAAUCGACCCAAGAUUUGGAUAAAAUGGAUGGAAAUAGAAUUUGGUCUGCAGUGCUCACAGCAAUAAAAUAUUGGAUUUGAAAAUCAUCAACAGUUACAUUUCUUUGUAUGGAUAAAAGACUUUGCAGUUUUUAUUAUACUUGCAAUUGAUCAAAUAAAUAUUCUUCUAUUCCAGUGUGACGAUUAUCCAGAGUGAGCAGACUUUCUAGAAAAACAUGCACUGUUGAAAGUUAGGAUUAUUACUCCUACUACCGCUUCCAAGGUCAAGAAUCUCUUUUACUCUACCACUGCACUGUAGACCACAAAGAAUGAUUUGCUGCACAAACAAACUAUGUAGGUAUAACCUAGUAUUCUUAUUAACUGUAUGCAUUCCUGUUUGAAUACACUUUAAAUCGACUUUCAAGUUACACACCAAAAUAAUAAAGGUUCCACCUGAUCCUUUCUCUACUUUUUGAAAUGUCUUGAAUCAUGCCAUUAUUUUUUAUACACUUUUUUUUCUUGUCUACAGCAAACCUACUGACAUUUUUCAUUACUUCUUGGCUUUCAUGUUUUAUUAUGUAAAUGUUCAUGUAUUUUGUGUGUUCUUUGUAUGUAUUUAUUAUCUCAUUGUAUUUUAUCGGUUCUCUCUGCACAGCACUUUG